AUGCUUUUCUUCACCCAGUGCUUUGGGGCUGUGUUAGAUCUUAUUCACCUGCGGUUUCAGCACUACAAGGCUAAGAGGGUUUUCUCAGCUGCCGGGCAACUUGUCUGCGUCGUCAACCCAACGCACAGCCUAAAGUAUGCACCGACCCGCUGUGCAGCUGCGCAGACGUCUGUGGAGCAAGGUGUCCUCCCUCCCUGCCAUCACCACGAAGCAGUACAUGACCCCCAGCUGGUUCCCUGCACAUGCCCGCUCUUCUCCUGCCCAUGGGAAGGGCACCUGGAGGUGGUGGUGUCCCACCUGAGGCAGACCCACCGCAUCAACAUCCUUCAGGGGGCAGAGAUUGUCUUCCUGGCCACGGAGAUGCAUCUGCCUGCACCCACGGACUGGAUCAUCAUGCACUCUUGCCUUGGCCACCAGUUUUUGCUGGUCCUCAGGAAGCAGGAGAAGUAUGAAGGCCACCCCCAGUUCUUCGCUACGAUGAUGCUGAUCGGCACACCAACCCAAGCCGACAACUUCACCUACCGGCUCGAGCUCAACAGGAACCAGAGGCGCCUUAAGUGGGAGGCGACCCCCAGGUCGGUACUGGAGUGUGUUGACUCUGUCAUUUCGGAUGGGGAUUGUCUUGUGCUGAACACUUCCCUGGCUCAGCUCUUUUCCGACAACGGAAGCCUAGCGAUAGGAAUUGCAAUAACCACCAGCAAAGUUCACAAUGCUGAAGCUGAAGUGUGAGGGGGAAGAGGAAGAAGAGGAGGAGGAGAAACAAUGGUGCUCUAGCUGCCUUGUGAGAGCCAGAACUUGCGGACUUUUCG